CCAGGGCCGCGAUGCGGGCGCCGUGAGCCGGGCAGCGUGCGCCCAUGACGGACCUGGCCUCGCCCACGGGCGAGAACCCCUUCGCCUUCCCCGGCGGCGAGGAGGGCUUCGGGGACGAGAAGGCGCUGGUGAUCCACAGCCAGGCGGAGGAGGAGGAGGCCGGGAAGGAGUUCAAGUGCAUCCUGUGCGGGGAAUGCUUCGGCCAGCAGCCCAGCCUCGCCCGGCACCAGAAGCACCACGCCGGGGAGCGCGCCUUCAUCUGCGCCGAGUGCGGCAAGGCCUUCAGCCUCAAGCACAACCUCAUCAUCCACCAGCGCAUCCACACCGGGGAGCGCCCCUACCAGUGCGGCGUCUGCCAGAAGAGCUUCAGCCUCAAGCAGAACCUGCUCACCCACCAGCGCAUCCACAGCGGCGAGAAGCCCUUCUCCUGCGGGCGCUGUGGGAAGCGCUUCCGUGAGCAGCGCUUUCUCCUCAACCACCAGCGCACCCACGCCGAGGACCGGCCCGGUGCGGCCGCCGAGGACCAGCCCGGCGCAGCCACCGCCGCCAGCAGCCGCUCGCCGCGGCCCGAGCCGCAUGAGGAAGCCGGCGGCCCCGGGGCGGCGAGCGGCCCCUUCGCCUGCGCCCGGUGCGGGAAGGGCUUCAGCUGCCGGAGCAGCCUGGCCACGCACCAGCGCACCCACACCGGCGAGCGGCCCUUUGCCUGCCCCGACUGCGGCAAGAGCUUCAGCCAGAAGGGCUCCCUGAAGAUCCACCAGCGCACCCACACGGGCGAGACCCCCUUCUCCUGCGCCCAGUGUGGCAAGAGCUUCGCCCAGAAGGUCAACCUCACCGCGCACCAGCGGAGCCACGGGGCAGAGAACGCCCUCACGGAAUGACGGCCACGAGCAUCAGAGCAGAGCCGGAUCUCGCCUCCUGUGCUCUGCGGGGAAGGAGCCGCAGCGCCGCGUGCUGCCCACCGCGCUGGGGAGAGGGGCUCGAGGAGGAGGCGGCAGAGGCUCGUCCCGGCACUGCGGAGAGCCCCGAGUAGCGCAGAAAUCAGGCGAAAUAAAAAUAAAAUAAAACGCAAAGCUCACGGGUGCAGACUGCUUCCCAAGGAGCAGCAGUGGCAGCUCCGGCCUGGAGGUGGGAUCGAGGCGGGGGCUGCGCCCGGCUGCGGAGAGGCAGAGACCCCAGCCCGGGCAGCACGGAGGCCCCAGUGUGGAGCCCACAGACGUGGUGGCAGAGCAGGCAGCCAGGAGAGGUGAGCCGCGGCCAGGACGGGAAAUCUCUGCCCAUGCCUUGCUCUGCCACCCCAGGCACAAGCAGAGGAGCCCCGUGUUUGCCGAGCCUGCCCGUGGCACCAGAGAAGGGGAAGUGGCUGCACCACAGCCCUGCGGCACGUGGGACCGUGCAAACCCUGCGGCACCUCUGAAGCCACAGGGGUUUUAGGGCUGAUCCCGGGUGCCGCUGGGGGUCAGCAGCCACCCCUGCCCUGCGCAGGGUCCCCAUCUGUGUGCUCCAUCCAGCGCCCCAAACCGGGACAGUGCUUGGCAAGCUCUCUAGGACCAGGCAGGACUCAGCACCGGUGGCUGAAUCCAGGGUGGGUGCCCCUCUCCUGCACCAAUCCUGCCCUGCUGCUUGCAGGGGAAAAUCAGCUGCUUCUGCCGUCGCUUGCUGAUGAUGAUGCCCUUCGCCCUGCGCCGCUCACCACCCCGGGAUGAUGCCGGGCUGGCCAGCACUCCCUGCCCUCCUUCACGGGGCGACGCCGUGCAUCGGGGCAGAGCGAGCGUGCAGCUGCCGGGGGGAGCUGACACCUGGCCCGGCCCCAGCUCCCGGUGACGGCACCGUCCUGGCUGCCACCGGCUCCCGAGGGAGCUGGAUCCCCUCCUGCAGAGCCCCGCCGUGCCCCGCUCCCCUCUGCUCCCCUCGCACAGCUCCGUCCGUGCCCGUGGCACCGCCUGCACCCCGCCACACACGGGGCAGCCCCCCCCCGGCAGCCCUUUCCCCGCAGUGCCCCCCCCCAGCCCGGUCCCAGGAGGAGGGUGCUGGGCCCAGCCCCGGUGCCGUGGGGGCUGCCGUGCCCCUGCCCGCCGGUGUCUUCUCGCCGUCCUGGCAAAAAGCAAAGCCCCCCCGCGAAGAGCUGCACAAAGUGACCCCUGCCCCGUCCUCCGCCCACUUCUCCCUUCGCCACUACAUGUGUGGAAAUGCAGGUACUGCUGAUGUGUAUUAAUUAAAUUAAUUACGCUUGGAAAACA